UUUAAAUUAUAAUGUGAUGGAUGUUUGCCAUGUAGAAGUUGGAAGAAAGAAGCAUGAAGGAUUGAAACAUAAUGAUGAAGUUAUUGGAUGUGUUCCUGGUUUUGAAAUCGAUGUUGAUAGUAUUAAAGUGGUCCAAGAAUUUUAUGUUAAGCAUGAAUUAGCUUCUGAUAUUAUUCUUG